GACCUCGUCCGGUCACGACUCGCCGCGGGGCGGGCUCUCGUGCUGUCGGAGGGGCGCCGGCUGCCAGGGUGGACAUGGCGGCAGGCCGGGCCGGGGCUGUGCUGGCCGCCUUGGGGGUGCUCAGUGUCUGUGCGGCCAGCAGCUCUGGGCCCGUGGCGGAGGGGGGAGGCGGCGGGAAGGCGGAGUGGGCGGAACCGUGGGACGGCGCGGUUUUCCGGCCGCCCUCGGCGCUGGGGGUGGCGCGCGCUCUCGGGGCCCCGCGCACAGGGCGGGAGGAGGCAGUAGACUUGCCCGUGCUGCUGUGGUGGAGCCCAGGGCUGUUUCCCCACUUCCCAGGAGACUCGGAGCGCAUCGAGUGUGCGCGCGGCGCGUGCGUGGCGUCCCGGGACCGACGAGUGCACAGAGACCCGCGGACGCGCGCGCUGCUCUUCUACGGCACCGACUUCCGCGCGUCCGACGCGCCGCUGCCGCGCCUGGCGCACCAGAGCUGGGCGCUCCUGCACGAGGAGUCACCCCUCAACAACUUCUUGCUGAGCCACGGCCCGGGCAUCCGCCUCUUCAAUCUUACCUCUACCUUUAGCCGCCACUCGGACUACCCGCUGCCGUUGCAGUGGCUGCCCGGGACCGCCUACCUGCGCCACUCGGGGCCUCCGCUGCAGGAGCGCGCGGAGUGGCGCCGCCGCGGCCACGCGCCGCUGCUCUACCUGCAGUCCCACUGCGACGUGCCUGCGGACCGGGACCGCUACGUGCGCGAGCUCAUGCGCUACAUCCCGGUGGAUUCGUACGGAAAAUGCCUGCAGAAUCGGAAGCUACCCACCGCGCGGCUUCAGGACACGGUCACGGCCACCACCGAGGAUCCUGAGCUCUUGGCCUUCUUGUCCCGCUAUAAGUUCCACUUGGCCCUCGAAAAUGCCAUCUGUAACGACUACAUGACAGAAAAGCUGUGGCGCCCCAUGCACCUGGGUGCUGUGCCCGUGUACCGAGGCGCUCCCUCUGUGAGGGACUGGAUGCCGAACAAUCACUCCAUCAUCCUUAUUGACGACUUCGAGUCUCCUCAGAAGCUGGCAGAGUUUAUUGACUUCCUGGACAAGAAUGAUGAGGAAUAUAUGAAAUACUUGGCAUACAAGCAACCUGGGGGCAUCACCAACCAGUUUCUUCUGGAUAGUCUGAAGCAUCGAGAGUGGGGAGUGAACGAUCCUUUGCUGCCUAACUACCUCAACGGCUUCGAGUGUUUCGUCUGUGACCACGAACUGACUCGGCUGGAUGCCGAGAAAGCCCACGCAGCCUCUCCUGGGGACAUCCCCGUCCCAGAGCCUCACAUCGCUCAGCUCUCACACAUGGACUGUCCAGUGCCGGCACCUGGCAUUGGCGAUGUGGAAGAGAUUCCCGAGAAUGACAGCAAUCCUGUCCUAACCAGAGACCACUGUAUCUGCUUAAUAUUUAUUUGGCCCCAUCUAGAGAAAGGCAGUACUCAUAACGGUGCUGCAGUUCCAUAAUCUAAUUUCCAUUUUGAUAUUUCAGCUGGAAGGAGAUGUGGCUGCAAGAUUAUUGGCAAGGUCUGGACCAGGGAAAAGCUCUCACUGCUAUGAUCCACAACAAUGAAACACAGCAGGGGAAAUUUUGGGAUUACCUACAUGAGAUCUUCAUGAAAAGGAACCAAAAUCUCUGACCACCCCUGUAAGAGCCUUUAACUUGGUAAAGCAAAGAUCUUAUUCUACCGUGUAACAUAAGGAGCAUCCACUGCACAAACCCUUAACAAACAUUGUCUUUUCAUGGAUUCGAGGAGUUUGAGUUAUAUCCACUGAUAGUUCUUAAUGAUGGAAAUAGGGCUUC